AUGACACCAUUCCGUCUAAGCCUGCUCUCCCUGAGCUUGCACUCUCUUUUCAUACCUUCCACCGCCGCUUUGCCCAGCCAACAUAUCCCACGCGCUAUCGACUAUACUGCAUUGGGAUGUUUCACAGAUAAUGUGAAUGGAAGAAGGGUUCUUGGCGAUAAGAAUACCGCUGCCAACGAUAUUACUUUAGAGAAAUGUGCUGCAUCCUGUUCGCAGUAUAAAUACUUUGGUGUCGAAUUCGGCCGCGAGUGCUACUGCGGCAACUCUCGCGAUUCCGGCAGCACCGAGGCUAAUGCUGCCGAUUGCUGGUUCCCGUGUGCUGGUGACCCGACAGGCGUUGCGAAGUGUGGUGCAGCCGAUCGCAUCAAUAUUUACGUUAAUACGAACUCAAAUGCUCCGGCACCCGCUUCUUUAGACGGAAUUACCUCGCUCGGUUGUUUCGCUGAAGGUACACAGCGAGUGCUCCCCGAAAAGACUGUCGCGGCCUCGGACAUGACGGCGGCAAAGUGCGCAACAAACUGUGCCGGUUAUAAAUACUUUGGCACACAAUGGUCCUCAGAGUGUUACUGCGGUAACACGGCUCCAGCUAUUACUGUACCUACAUCAGAAUGUAAUAUGGUGUGCGCUGGUAACAGUUCCGAGCUAUGCGGUGGAAGCUUGAGGUUGAAUGUUUACGAGCUCCCGCAGUCUUCUCAGGCAUCACCGCUGAGUGUGCCUGUGAUCCCGUCAGUCUCAGGUUUCGAUUACAAGGGAUGUUAUACAGAUAACGUUCCGUACCGCGUGUUGAGCGGUAAAGUCAUCAAAGACCCCGCUAUGACGCUUGAAAUGUGCGCAGCCGCCUGUAAGAACUCAGGCUAUAGCUGGUUUGGUGUUGAAUUCUCGACCGAAUGCUACUGUGGUAUGGCCUUGGAUAAGGCAAGCACCUCAACCGCCGCCGCCGAGUGCUCUAUGGCGUGUAGCGGCAACAGCUCGCAGAGUUGCGGAGGCGCCAACCGGCUUAGCCUGUUCGCAAGACCGGAUGUCGCCGAUUCCAACAAGGCUAGCAACGGACUCAUCAAUGGGUUUCAGUACAGUUCCUGCUGGUCUGAUAAAGUGGAUGACAGGUCUCUCAAGGCUGUCGAUUAUCGCAACGACGACAUGACGAUCGAGAAGUGCGCAGCCAGGUGCCAGGGAUUUUCAUAUUUCGGCCUUGAGUAUUCCCGCGAAUGUUAUUGUGGAGAUCAGCUGGGUGGACAAGCGGCGCCCGAAAGGGAGUGUGGUAUGUUGUGUGUAGGCGCGCCAGACCAGUGGUGCGGUGGCCCAGAUCGGUUAAACGUAUACACACGAAUGACUGCAUCCGCGUCAUCCUCGUCAUCGGGGGGCAUGUCUUCAUCGACUACUAGCACUGUUGACCUCGUCUCCACUUCAGCAAGCAGUCAACUAUCCGGCUCAGGCGCCCACUCUUCAACUUCAACCAUUAGCACUUUGGACCUUAGCAUCACCUCAGCAAGCAACCGAGUCUUCAACCCGGAUGUUCCUCCAUCAACUUCAUUUAGUAGCACUAUAGACGUGAGCAGUACUUUACGCAGUACCUCGCCAAGCAGUCAAUUAUCCAAUUCGGACGCCAAAUCCUCAGCUUCAAGCACUAGCAACCUGGGCCCCAGCAGCACCUCGGCAAGCAGCAAGUUUUUGAGCUUGGAAAUCCCUUCUUCUACGCUAACCACAAGCACUAUCGACUUGAGGAGUAUUACAUCAAGUAUUCAGUCAUCCAGCUCGGACUUGCCCUCCUCAACUUCGGCUACUAGCACUGUUAGCUUCAGUAGCAGCCCGACAAGCAGUCAGCUCACAAGUUCAGAGUUCCCUUCCUCAACUCUGAUCGUGCCUACAACCACAACGUCCUCGGGUCUUGGACUGACAACCAUCACCGAGUGUCCUUCAGCCCCCACGUACAACGGAACUCCAGAUUUCUGUUACGUGACUGGAAACCUGCCUCAAGCUUGCGAAACCCUCACAAGCAGGUGGGUAGGAUUAUGGCAAGAAUUGAGUGCGUCCGCGCAAUACUGCAAAUCAAUUUUGACCAGCUGGGGUAUGACGCCUGUUCCUCAAGCAACGUCUUGCUUUCCGACCUCCUACACCCCCCAAAUUACCCGUGACACGGCCGCCUUGUCUGCUACCGCCAGUAGCAUACUUAAAUGCUUGAAUGAACCAAGAAACUCGCUCCUUUGCCAGUUCGACUCGAAUUGCAGGACAUCUACGUACACAGUUGGGCAGGUGCCAUCAGCGACACCCUCCAUCGGAGUCAACUUGCUCAAGGACGGCGGAUGGGAAUCCGGUACCACGGCCGACUGGAAUGUGUCCAAGGGCACUGCAACGACGGGCGACUACAUCACUUUAUCUGUUAACAGCGCAAGCGCCCGCUCCGGCAAAUAUGGCCUUAGCGUAUCCUACAACAACAUGAACAGCGCGACCAUGGACUUUCGGCGUAUACAAAAGGUAGUUCCCGGCAGAACCUACCAGUUGCAGGUCUAUUAUUGGCACACAAGCACAACCGCAAAUUUCUUUCUGAAUAUUUACUUUUACCCCAACAAGGUCCAAACAGCUGCUCUUUCGCAAAAUAUGAAAAACACGGCGGUGAACCAAUGGAAUGUAGCGACCGUUACCUUUACCCCUACAUCGUCCUGGGUCAUGAUAUACAUGAUGCUUGGCUCAGGUUUGCAGUACCCUGCUGGGAAUCCAGCUGGUACAGAGCUGGCUUACAUCGAUGAUGUGUCUUUCACUCAAAUCAACUAG